AUGUCUGAGUCUAAGGGUAGGAAGCAAGCUACGCUGGGGUAUGUUCGCGACUCUCAAUUAACUCUUGGGAGAUUCUUUGGUUCCAAUGCCGACCCGAAGGAAGCCCCCAAGAAACAAACAACUUUGGCUUUUGCUGGAAAGAAGGACAAAGCCUCUAAAGCCGCUGAGGAAUUGGCGGCUGCGGAAGAUUCUCCGGCCGUGAACGGAUCUGGUGCCAAUGGAGCAGACGCCAAUGAAGUCGGUACAGCGGAAUCUCCAAGUCGAACCACCGAGAAGACGAAUGGAAAGCACGAGUCGAAUAACCUCAAGAGAGAGAACUCCGAUCCCAAUGAGGAUAGCGAGGGUAGUGAUAUACAGCCUGUCCAGAAAAGGCGGCGGAAGAGUCCUCGGAAAUCUGAGCCUGUCGAAUCUCCAAAGAAAAAGUCUCCAUCGCCAAAGAGUCCGAAACCGAAGAAGGAAACUAAGGCAAAAGAGUCGUCCUCCGCUGCUGCGAAGAAAUCGUCCAAGGGAGCAACGCCGGAACCAGAAUCUGAGCGGGAGGCGCCUUCUGCCAGCGAAGAGGAAGAUGAGAAGCCAAGUGCUAUGAAGAAGACAAUGGAGAAAGUACAGGCUACGCUGAAGGCGAGCGGGAAUGAACCAUAUCCUGACUGGAAAGCUGGGGAUCCUGUUCCCUACGCGGCACUGUGCACGACUUUCUCCCUUAUCGAGAUGACCACGAAACGCUUGAUCAUUCUGGCCCAUUGCUCUCUAUUUUUGCGCCAAGUCCUUCGCUUGACUCCUCAAGACCUUCUCCCAACAGUCCAACUUAUGAUCAAUAAGCUUGCCGCAGAUUACGCCGGGAUUGAACUGGGGAUUGGCGAGUCUUUGAUCAUGAAAUCGAUUGGCGAGAGUACAGGCCGAAGUCUGUCGGUCAUCAAGGCGGAUCAGCACGAAAUCGGCGACUUAGGUUUGGUGGCUGCCAAAAGUCGAUCAAACCAGCCGACGAUGUUUAAGCCGAAGGCUCUUACCGUCAGGGGUGUCCAUGAAGGCUUACUUGGCAUUGCCAAGGUCCAGGGUCAUGGUUCUCAGGACAAGAAGAUCUCUGGAAUCAAGAAACUUCUUUCCGCUGCCGACGCUGCGACGGCCGGAAAGGGCAGCAAAGGAAUUGAUAUCACCAAGGACAAGGGCGGUCCCAGUGAGGCCAAAUUCAUUGUGCGAUUCUUAGAAGGCAAACUGAGACUUGGUCUUGCCGAAAGGACGGUUCUCGUUGCGCUGGCGCAGGCAGUAGUUGCACACGAGGCAGCUCUCAAGGGCGAGAAGACCCCCUCCGCCGAAAAGAUGGCCGAGGGAGAAGGAAUUCUGAAGACCGUAUACAGUGAAUUGCCUGCAUAUGAGGUGAUUAUUCCUGCAAUGCUUGAACACGGGCUACACAAACUGGGCGAAGUCUGCAAACUCCAACCAGGUAUCCCCAUCAAGCCUAUGCUUGCCAAGCCGACAAAAUCUAUUACCGAGGUGCUUGAUCGGUUUGAAGGCAGGGACUUUACCUGUGAAUACAAGUAUGAUGGAGAGCGAGCACAGAUCCAUUACGUUGCGCCGGAUUCCAUUGAUCAAUACCCUGGUGCAACAGCUACGUUACAAAAGGACAGCAAGGGCCUCUCGGCGAUCUUCUCCCGAAACUCAGAGGACUUGUCCAAGAAAUAUCCCGAUGUGCUCGGCAAACUUGAUAGCUGGAUUAAAGACGGGGUGACGAGUUUUGUGCUAGAUUGCGAGACGGUCGCUUGGGACAUGGAGAGCAAGAAGGUUUUGCCGUUCCAGCAACUGAUGACCCGCAAGAGGAAGGAUGUUAAGGCAGAAGAUGUCAAAGUCAAAGUCUGCGUGUUUGCAUUUGAUCUUCUAUUCUUGAACGGAGAGACAACCGUCAAAAAGUCAUUGCGUGAGCGACGUGAGCUGCUGCAUCAGUCCUUCCAAGGUAUCGAGGGCGAGUUCCAGUUUGCCCAAUACGGCAACACCAACGUUGUCGACGAAAUCCAGAAUCUCCUGGACGAGAGUGUCAAGGCAUCGUGUGAGGGACUGAUGGUGAAAAUGCUGGACACCGAAGAGAGCGGGUACGAACCCAGCAAGCGGAGUCGGAACUGGCUCAAGGUGAAAAAGGAUUACCUCGCCGGUGUUGGCGACUCCCUUGACCUUGUCGUCCUUGGAGCGUAUUAUGGCCGCGGAAAGCGCACUUCUGUCUAUGGCGCAUUUCUUUUAGCGGCGUACAACACGAGCACGCAAACUUACGAAACGAUUUGCAAUAUUGGCACCGGCUUUUCUGAGGCCAUUUUGGAGGAGUUCCACAAAGCUCUCUCGCCUCUCGUCAUUGACCGGGCCAAGCCCUUCUACUCGCAUUCGACGGUGCCGAAGGACCAGCCGGACGUGUGGUUCGAACCGCGACUUGUCUGGGAAGUGAAGACGGCGGAUUUGACACUCAGCCCGCGAUACCAGGCCGCGGCCGACGAAUUCGUAGGCACGACGGGCGGAGGCAAGGGCGUGUCUCUCCGAUUCCCGCGAUUCAUUAAAUCCCGGGAGGAUAAGAAACCCGAGCAAGCCACGACCACGCGAGCCGUGGCGGAAAUGUAUCGGAAACAAGAGGCGGUCCUGAAAGAAAAUGCCGGCAAGGGUGGCGUGGAUGAUGACUUUGAGUAUUAG